CGGGUCAGAGGUCGCGCCUGUCAGCUGCUUUUGGAAGUUUCUAGCACGGUUCUGAGAGAUGAUGGUUGUGUUGCAGUCUGGGAUCGUCGGUGUUUCUUUGAAUGUGUUUCUGCAUUAAUCGUGGUCAUGUUCGGGUGUUUAGUCGCUGGCAGACUGGUCCAGACGGACGCGCAGCAGGUCGCCUCUGAUAAGUUCGUCUUUACUCUGCCGGAGUAUGAGAAGGUCAAUCAUGUGGUGGUCUUCAUGCUGGGAACUGUGCCCUUCCCAGUGGGCAUGGGUGGUGCUGUCUACUUCUCUUUCCCUGACCCUGCUGUCGGACCAGUGUGGCAGCUUUUAGGCUUCAUCACCAAUGAGAAACCCAGUGCCAUAUUCAGAAUCUCUGGUCUGAAAGCUGGUGAGGGUGGAGCUCAUCCGUUUGGCAUGAUGGCCGUCCCUCAGGCACCGUCAGUGGCUCAGGUUGGAGUUUCUAUUGAAUCUCUGGAGCUGCUUUCACAACAAACACCAGUCUCAAAUUCAGCUGUUUCCACGCUGGACUCCUUCACACAGUUUGAAGCGUCCGAUCAAGACUGCAGUGACCUGCUCUCAGAGACCUGUUCAUAUCACAGCGAGGAGCUGCUUUAUAACUUUUGUUGUCAUUUUCAUAGUUCACGCAGAAGAUGCUGGAGAGUCUGUACAACUUCACUUCGUCUUUUGCGCUGUCUCAGUCACAGAUGACACCCAACCCUACGGAGAUGUAUGUUCCUGCCAGCUCCAUCCUCAAAUGGUAUGAAAACUUUCAGAGGCGAAUGAUGCAGAAUCCAAACUUCUGGAAGACGUGACAUACAGCCGUUGUGUUUUUAACUAUUUGAUCCACUACUUUAUAAAGAAUUUCUUUCAUUUAAUAUUCAGUUUUAAUUUCCAAGAAGAGUUUCACAUUGUCAAAGAACUUUUUGUCAUGAAUAUUGCUUGACACAUUAUUCAUUUAUUUGCUGAAAACAUUUUAUACAAUGUGCUGAAGUCAUAGUAAAUGAAAUCUUUUGUCAAUAUA